AGGAAGCCAGUAUCGGCACCACGUUAGCUCUUGCCAUUUCACAACAACUCAGGAAGAGCGUCUUUGGAUCAGCUGCCCCCGUGAGCACAGCCGGUGUGUCUCUUAAGAUGAUGGUUGUUGAAGGUCUUUUUGGAAACUCUCAAAAUGGGCUAGAAUAACCAUCUCACCGAUUUUUCUCCCUUUAGCUUUGACAUCAUGGUGUCGCUGCCAUGCUCUGUCAGCUCUGUACUUUCUCAUGAAAACAUUGUAGCUUUCAUUGUUUUCUUGUUGGUGUACUAUCUACUUCGUUUCUAUAAGAGUCGGAGGCUCCUCUUAAACAUUCCUCCAGGUCCAAAGCCGUGGCCUAUAGUGGGAAAUUUCGGUGGUUUUCUCAUCCCAUCUUUCAUCCAGAGGAGGUUUGGACAGCAACCAUCCACCAGCGACAAAACUGCCGUGGGUGUUUUAACGGAACUCACUAAGCUGUAUGGAAAUGUCUACAGUCUGUUUGUUGGCAGUCAACUGGUUGUUGUUCUUAAUGGUUAUGAAGUGAUCAGGGAUGCUUUCUCAAAUCACCCUGAGGUGUUCUCCGACAGACCUGAUAUCCCUGCUAUCUCCAUCAUGACCAAACGCAAAGGUAAGCAUGUGUUAGCAUCACAGCCACAACAAGCCAUUUCCAUGGUCAGAGUAGAGCAUGCUAUUGACAAACAUUUACGCCACUCUACAGCCACAAAUAAUGCUCAGAACAGCACCUAACUUCAUCAACAGUACAUAUAGGGUCCUAGCCACCAAACAUCUUUUUGACUUUGCCUAAUUUCUUUAGCAAAGGAACUAAACACAACUCACCCACUUUCUUAUAGCAGCCGCUUGUUCGUAGCGAGACCUCAGGCCAGUCCAUUACAGACUACAGCGGGGUGACGCAGCUCAAGGAAGAACAUUUAUGAUAAUUUCUUCAUGGCAAUGCAAUCAGACCGAUACGCCCAGGCAGAAGAACUACCACGUCUGCAGUGCAAAAUGAUUAAUGUGCUGAUUAUUACUUAAAGGAAAUUAUAAAGAAAUGAUCAUAAAUGUUCUUCCUUGAGCUGCGUCACCCCGCUGUAGUCCGUAAUGGACUGGCCCGAGGUCUCGCUACAAACAAGCGGCUGCUGAAAGAGAGUAGGUUAGUUGUGUUUAGUCCCUUUGCUAAAGAAAUCAGGCAAAGUUAAAAAGAUGUUUGGUGACUAGUGUAAUGGCUGGGACCCUAUAUGUCCUGUUGAUGAAGUUAGGUGCUGUUCUGAGCAUUAUUUGUGGCUAUAGAGUGGCUUUUUGGUUGAGGUUUGUUUAUGGCUCCUCAGACCACUGUGUAUUGCUAUCAUGCGGUCGUUACUAAAGUUGGUAUAACUAGAGAAGCAAGCAGUCUGCAACAUUCAUCUCUCGGGGGGGUAUCUAACUCGGUGUUAUGGUGUGUUUGACCCUAAAUUAGUUUUAUGCCGGAAUAUCCCUUAAAGGAAGAUCAGAGAAUGCCAGUGUAGCCCAUAAAGUUCUGUGAUGAGUGAAGUUUUUCCUAUGUGCAAUUUUAGCCUCAGUGUCCGGAUCCAGAGAGGUGACAAGUGACACUUGCUUCAGUCUUGCUUACCUCAGUUUUCUCCUGUGUCAUUUAGGAAUCGUCUUUGCACCUUACGGGCCAGUAUGGAGGAAGCAGCGCAAGUUCUGCCACACCACCCUUCGAAACUUCGGCUUUGGGAAGCUGAGCUUGGAGCCGUGCAUCUUGAAAGGCCUGGACACCAUCAAAUCAGAGCUUCUGCGACUGAAUGAGGAGUCUGGUGGUGCUGGUGUGGAUCUGGCCCCGCUGAUCAGCCAUGCUGUGUCAAAUGUCAUCUGCUCCCUAAUCCUGGGUCAGCGCUUCCAUCAUGAAGACCGCGAGUUUCGCAGCAUGCUGCACCUGAUGGACCGGGGGCUGGAGAUCUGUGUGAACAGCCCUGCAGUCCUGAUCAACGCCUUCCCUUUUUUUUACCAUCUACCUUUUGGGGUCUUCAGAGAGUUACGGCAAGUGGAGAGAGACAUGACAGCAUUUUUAAAGAGGUUUAUAGCAAAACACAGGGAAACAUUAGAUCCUGAGAACCCCAGGGAUCUGACAGACAUGUACUUAAUUGAGAUGUUGGCCCAGCAAGCUAACGGAAAUGCAGACAGCAGCUUCACUGAAGAUUAUCUUUUUUACAUAAUAGGAGAUCUCUUUAUUGCUGGCACUGACACCACUGCGAACUCAGUGCUGUGGGUUCUGCUCUACUUGAUCCUACACCCAGAUAUUCAAGGUAAUGGUUCCUAUGAUACACUUAUUCCAACCUUUGCAGAUUGCUGAGCUGUUUUCAUGAUUCAAGCACUGUGUGUGGUUUGCUUGUGAAAGCUGAUCUUUACGGUGACCUUGGAGAAAAGCUGUUGGUCCAACACAUAAGGUUUCUGAACUCUCUUUUACAGCUCCGUCUGAACUUUGUGAUCAUAAUAUUAGACUUUUUUCUUGGCCACUAACCUCUCUACUUAGAGUUACUGAGGCAGAUUUUCAGAGGUGUUGUACAUAAAGCAUGGAUGACCGUUAUUUUAAAGUUCAACAUUUUCCUUUUUUAAUAUGUUUCAAUUCACUCAGAAUGUCAAAAGAUAAACAUCUUUGGAAAUUGUUUUUUUUCGGAUGACAGCAAAACGUUUUUCUCUGGUUCUAUUAUUCAAAUGUCUGUGUUUGACAGAAUUUAAUGUUUGGUUUAAUUUUAUGCUUCUCUCAAAAUCUGUAACAUUUCUCCAAACUUCAGAUUUAAUUGUCCCUUAGGGGGAAUUAGUCCUUGAAUUAAGUGCUGAAAAUGCUCAACUGCAUCCACAGUGGUACUAAUAAAUAAGAGAAAGACUUCUCAGGGAGGUCAUUUAAGCUGAAAAAAUAUUAAUUUUUUUGUUUGUUUUCUUUUGGCCAUCUGUAUUUAACAAUUUUGAAAAACAGUUUUUUUUUGGCAUUUACCAGAAUAAUAAUAUCUUAACUCAGGGAGGGUACAGAGACAUCAGUCUUAAUGCAUAAAUCAAUCAGCUUAGCUUUGUUUGAUGUUUUGUCAGGUGUUCACCAGCUCAGUACUUAACUGAGUAAAUUGAGGUUUGCCUGUUUUGUACAAGAAAAAGGAUUUUUCAUAUUUCCUUAAAAAAUAUAUGACUCAGAUACUUACUUUUGUCUAGACAUCCAAAUGUCUGGCUUGGUUCUGCUUUUAACCACUUCUUUACUCAUUUCUCAACCUCAUUGUAUGUCUUGACAUAACUCUUUAUUUUUAUCUAUUUGUUGGAUUGAAAACUUACAUAAUCAUGCAGAAACAUUCCGGCUUUUCCUGCGCUGUUUGAAUUUCAGACAAAGUCCAGGCAGAGAUUGAUGAGGUGGUCGGCACACAGCGAGUCCCGUCUUUGACUGAUAAGGGAAGUUUGCCAUUUACUGAAGCCACCAUCAUGGAGGUGCAGAGACUGACUGUAGUGGUCCCGCUCGCGAUUCCUCACAUGGCCUCAGAGACAACAGGUACUCCCUCACUCCCACACCACUUAGUUUUUUUCAAAGUUAAUGAAUCCAAGGCAGUAUUUGAUCUCAUGGAUAACAAUCAUCACUGUGGUUUUCUACGCUCUUUUUCAGAGUUCAGAGGCCACACAAUUCCCAAAGGAACAGUUGUGCUGCCCAACCUGUGGUCUGUCCACAGAGACCCCACUGUGUGGGACGACCCGGACACUUUUAAUCCAGCACGCUUCUUGGAUAAUGAGGGAAAUUUGAUGAGGAGAGAGUACUUUAUACCAUUUGGGAUCGGUAUGACAUUGCUAAAUGAUAUGAGCUAACUAACAGAAACUGUAAUCCAUAAAUGAAGGAAUCUCAAAUGUUUUAUCUCCUGUUCUGUCAGGUCGCAGAGUCUGCAUGGGUGAACAGCUGGCAAAGAUUGAGCUGUUCCUGACAGUCACCUGCUUACUGCAGAGCUUCACAUUCAGACUCCCAGAUGGGACACCUCCUCCUUCUCUGCGUGGACGCUUUGGUCUGACACUGGCACCUGCCUCAUUUUCUGUGUGUGUGAGUCCACGCAUAUGAAACCAAGCAAGACACUGUUUUCACAGUUCUUCUGAGAACUGGGUGUUCAUUUGAUUUAAUGGAGUUUUCUCCAAAGGUGCAGAUAAGGAUUGACCUGUGAACAACACUCUGAAGUUCUUAUGACUGAAAAUUACAUAACACUGUCAUUUAUUUGAUGAUUAAUCUGAAGUCUUAGUACCAUACAGUAUGUCUCUCAGACGGUUUAAAUAUGUUUAUCUUUUGAACAAAAAGCAGACACAGUGGACUGCAUUUAUUUAUUCACUUGAUAAUCAAGUCAUAAGUAGCAGCUUUGAUCAAACUUUGAUUGAUGAAUUAUAUAUUUUCUAACAGCAAGGUCAGGACUGUGUGCCAGAUGAGAGUUACAGCAAUAUUUUCUAAUUUUCUUGCAGUUUUCUGUCCAAGAGUGUGAAUACAUAUUUCUUUUUAGACUUAGUGUAGAUUCAUAGACAAUAAAAAAAACUUUACAUUAAAGCAGCUGUAUUUCUGUAGUUGUCACUCACUUUUUAAAUGUUUCCUCAUUUUUUGGUUCUGUAUUACUGUCUUUUUAAGAUGAAAUUUAUGCUUUGUUGUCUAAAAAAUAUGUCAGAAUGAUUAAUAUGUUAAGUGUUUAAAGCCAGUAUAAAAAUUGAACCUUUUGCAUGUAGUCAUUUAUUUUUCAGUGUAUGAUUAUUGUAAUUAUCAAGCUGUUUACCAGAGUCUUAUGUAAAUAAGUCUUUUGCAAACACAAAUGAUGGAAUUUAAGAAACAUUUGUGCAGGUAUUAAGCUCAACUCUACUUCAUAGUAUUGUGACAUUUCUUUGUCUAUUUUAUACAAACGUACAAAUUCUUACAUACAAUUAGUGUUUUUAACACUUCAGUCUCUUAAAAGAGGAGAUUUUUUUCCAAGACAUCCUUUUUUCUCUACUCUCAUGCAUUUAUAUGCCUACCAGCAAAUUAUACUGGUUAUUCAGGCUGUUAUUUGUAACUGUAACUGUUGAUUAUCAUUUUAUUAUGUUAUUGUACUUAACAUUUACUUAAGG